AUGCCUCGUCGGUUUAGCAACAACUCCUCCAACGACACCUCUUCCAACUCCCCGGCCUUUUCGCCCUCUUCGGGAAAGGGCGGUUUCUCCAUAAAGGCACCCUCGGUCAAGUCCCAUCGCCUCUCCCAGUUCUUCUCGGCUUCGCCCAAGUCGAAGGUCGAGCCUCAACCUCCACAGGCGGUACCCCAGUCCACCGGGGCCAACCCCCCUAACGUCUCUCCGCCGAUCAGCUCGGCGUCACUGUCCUUACCGACAAUCUCUCUGUCCACCGCCACGGCUGACAAUCCGAACAUGGACGAAUUGCCAACCACGUUAUUCCAGCCCCCGACUCCCGAGGAGGCCCGUCGGCAAGCCAAGCAACAUGCGCAAUUCGGUCCCAUCGGUCACCCCAGUCACCGGUACUCCAGUCGGCACCCUGGUGGCGUCUUUCCGGAGCCGGUGAUGGACGAGCCGCCGUAUUAUUACUUGCUUACCACCUACAUCAGUUAUCUAAUUCUAAUUGCUUUCGGACAUGUCCGUGAUUUCUUCGGCAAACGGUUCCGUGAAGAGAAUUACCGCCACCUGAAGCCUCGCAACGGCUACGGUGCGCUCAACAGCGACUUCGACAACUUCUACGUCCGUCGUCUCAAGCUGCGUAUCAACGACUGCUUCGAGCGGCCCGUCACCGGCGUUCCCGGCCGAACUAUCACUCUGAUCGACCGGGCUACGGAUGACCACAACCAUCACUUCUACCUGACCGGUACCACCACCGAUACAUUGAACUUGAGCUCCUACAACUACCUCGGAUUCGCUCAGUCUGAAGGCCCCUGUGCCGACCAGGCGGAGGAAUCCGUCCGCAAGUACGGUAUCGCCACUCCCAGCACUCGAGCGGAGACUGGUACGCAAGAUCUCCAUAUCGAGGUUGAGGAUCUGAUUGCCCGGUUCGUGGGCAAGGAGGCGUCAAUGGUCUUCUCGAUGGGUUUCGGCACCAACGCCAGCAUCUUCCCCGCUCUGGUUUCCAAGGGCGAUCUCCUCAUUUCCGAUGAACUGAACCACGCCUCCAUCCGUUUCGGUGCUCGUCUUUCUGGUGCUUCAAUUGCUAUGUUCAAGCACAAUGACAUGAGAGAUCUCGAGCUUAAGCUUCGUGAGGCCAUCUCUCAAGGCCAACCCCGCACUCACCGUCCCUGGAAGAAGAUUCUGGUGGUCGUGGAAGGUCUCUACUCCAUGGAGGGUUCCAUGUGCAACCUUCCCGGUCUUGUGGCACUGAAGCACCGCUACAAGUUCCAUUUGUUCGUCGACGAGGCCCACUCUAUCGGUGCCAUCGGUCCCAAGGGUAGGGGUGUGUGCGACUACUUCAGCAUUGACACCCGGGAGGUGGAUGUCCUAAUGGGUACCCUCACCAAAUCGUUUGGUGCCAACGGUGGAUACAUUGCCGCGGACAAGACCAUGAUUGACAAGCUGCGGGCCACAAACCCGGGUAUUUUCUACGGCGAGGCCCCCGCCCCGGCGAUUCUUACGCAGAUUUCUUGCGCCCUCCGGAUUAUCAACGGCGAGCUCGCUCCUGGUCAGGGCGAGGAGCGACUGCAGCGUCUGGCCUUCAAUUCACGAUACCUUCGUCUCGGUUUGAAGCGUCUUGGCUUUAUAGUAUACGGUCACGAUGAUUCACCAAUCAUUCCUCUCCUUCUUUUCAAUCCGGCUAAGAUGCCCGCAUUCUCCCACGAAAUGCUUCGGCGCAAGAUCUCCGUCGUGGUUGUUGGUUACCCCGCUACUCCUCUGGUUUCGUCUCGCGCCCGUUUCUGCGUGUCGGCCGCCCACACGAAGGAUGAUCUCGACCGGGUUCUGACCGCCUGUGAUGAAAUCGGCAAUGUCCUGCAACUGAAGUUCUCUACCGGUAUUGCUGGUGGUGCUCUGCCCCCGACCGAAGAGAUGGCUCCUCCGCCCGAGAUGGAGAAGGAAUGGCACCGAAAGCGCUCCGACAAUCUCACCCCUCCCCGGUGGCGGAUCGACGAUGUGAUCCGGCGCGGGGUUCAAGAUGUCAAGUCCCCCUUGUAUUAG